CGCUGCUGAUGACAGACAGUGCGUCGUCCUCACCGGGUCGCUGGUGCAGCCUUACAAUUCCCAUGCAUGCUUCAGAAAGCCUCGCCGAAACUACCAGCAACACCUACGUGGAAGGACUUAAUGUUACUUUCGUAUUGGAAUAACUUUACUGCUCUUUUUUGCGCCCUUUGGGUCGACUUCGCCUCUUCUGUCGACAGUUUACAAUUUAAAAGCUUCACGAUAAGGAAAAGGACAACACAUUCAAAAUGCCGCUGAAUUCAAGUUUGGCGAGUAAAAACUAUGACUACGACUACGACUCUCUUCAACCGUAUUUCUACUACGACAACGAGGAGGAGGACUUCUACCCUCAGCAGCUCCAGCCUCCAGCACCGAGCGAAGACAUCUGGAAGAAAUUUGAACUGCUGCCGACCCCUCCCCUCUCCCCGAGCCGCCGGCCGUCCCUGUCAAGCCUCUUCCCUUCCACGGCGGAUCAGCUGGAGAUGGUGACCGAGUUUCUGGGCGACGAUGUGGUCAACCAGAGCAUCAUCUGCGACGCGGACUACUCCCAGACCUUCCUCAAAUCCAUCAUCAUCCAGGACUGCAUGUGGAGCGGCUUCUCUGCCGCCGCUAAACUGGAGAAGGUGGUCUCUGAGCGACUAGCCUGCCUGCACGCCGCCAGGAAGGAGUCUGCGUCCGGGGACUGCCCGGAGCCCACCGGGGUAUGGAGGCUGAACAGCAACUACCUGCAAGACCUCAACACAUCCGCGUCGGAGUGCAUUGAUCCGUCUGUGGUUUUCCCGUACCCGGUAGCAGAGACGCCCAAGCAGAUCGCAGGGACGCUGCCUAGUAAGGAUCUGGGACUGGACACGCCGCCUAACAGUGGCAGCAGCAGCAGCAGUUGUAGUGACUCAGAAGAUGAUGAUGGAGAUGAUGAUGAUGACGAUGAUGAUGAUGAGGGGGAGGAAGAGGAGGACCAGGAGGAAGAGGAGGAGAUCGAUGUGGUUACAGUGGAGAAGAGGCACGCUGUGAAGAGGUGUGACCCCAGCCCAACAGAGUCCAGGCAUCCCAGUCCGCUCGUUCUGAAGAGGUGCCACGUCUCCACCCACCAGCAUAAUUACGCCGCCCAUCCAUCCAUGAGGCACGAGCAGCCGGCUGUCAAGAGGGUGAAGCUGGAGAGCAGCAGCAGCAGCAGCAGUAACAGUGGUGGUGGUGGAGGGGUCGGCCAGAGCAGGGUACUCAAACAGAUCAGCAGCAACCGCAAGUGUUCAAGCCCGCGGACGUCUGACACGGAGGACUAUGACAAGAGAAGGACUCAUAACGUUUUGGAGCGUCAGAGGAGGAACGAGCUCAAGUUGAGCUUCUUUGCCCUGAGGGAUGAGAUCCCCGAGGUGGCAAACAACGAAAAGGCUGCCAAAGUUGUGAUCCUUAAGAAAGCUACAGAGUGCAUCUACAGCAUGCAGUCAGACGAACAGAGACUCCUCUCAGUAAAGGAACAGCUGAGGAGGAAAAGUGAACUUUUAAAGCAGAGACUUUCACAGCUGCAGAGCUCUCGCACUUAAAGUUGAAAUCAUCAUAGACUUUUUUGCCUUUUUGUUUUUUAUGCAAGUUCAAGACUUAGGUUGUACAGUUGUUGUUGCAUGCAAAUGCAAAGCGGAUUAAGUUGUUUGAAAUCUUGUUUGAUUUCAAUGUUAAAACUGCCUCAAUUGAAGUUAUGGGUGGAUUAAAUAUUUAAAAGUUUAUUUUUAUUAAUAAAAUAUAAAAAAAAUUGGGUUACCCCGAGUGCCCAAACUAAAAUAUAAAUUUUUAUGUUUUGUAUAUAAUUAAUAUUUCCUAAGAAAAUGUAUUUUUGGAUCUCAACUGUCUGGAUGUUCAGACACAGUGUUUGGUUUUUUCAUUAUGUUCCUAGAUUCUUUUUGAAAUAUAAAAAGAUGUUUCUUCUUGAA